CAGCCGAUUUCGUGUUUACUGAAAACGCGCCAUGUGUACUUGUUUACAUUUUGCAUGAUCGUCGCCAGCAUGGACCAACGUCGUGCAUCGUUCAGACCCGUCGUGGCGACACUCGUGGCGAGCCUUAUAGAUAGCAGCAGUAGCAGCAGCAGCGAUAGUGAGGAGGAACUUAUACUGCACCAACUUCUGAGUGUCGCUGACGCCACUCGCGAACGGAGGGUGGCCGAAUGCGUCGAGAAGGCCUUGCUCAAAUACUCGGAUGAAGAGUUCUUCCAGGAUUUCCGAAUAUGUCGUAACGUCGUUCUGCGGCUCAUUGAACGCUACGCGAAGUCAAGUUUCUACAUCCGGCGUUCCGAUCAUGGUGGAUGUCCACAGAAAAGCCCCGAAGAACACAUUCUUUGCUUUCUCUGGUAUGCUACGAACAAGGUGUGCAUCAAAGAUGUCGCCACUCGCUUUUGCUUAAGCGAAAGCACUGCUCAUGGCAUUACGGAGAGAUUGCUGGAUUACCUGUGCAGCCUGCUCCCCAAAGAAAUAUGCUUCCCUGAUGAUCUAGACUCACUCGUGGAGGAUUUUCAACAGGUUGCAGAGUUUCCAGGUGUUGUUGGCUGCAUUGGUGGAACACGCAUCAACACACGCAGUCCAGCCCACUCGCAAAGAACACCUUCCACCCAUGGACAGGGUUCUGCAUCUGUCACUCUGCAAGCCGUGUGCGACAGCAGAUGCCGUUUUAUGGACAUCUUUGUCGGACCACCCGGAGAUCUUGAACUAGACAGUGUCUUCCUUGCAUCGCCUUUGGCCGAAGAGCUGCCAUACUGGUGCCUGGACAGGUACCAUCUUUUGGGGAUUGGGGGUUACCCACUACGUGAAUACCUACUCACGCCUUACGACAGUAACACUACUGAUUGUGCCAAGACCUCCAAAACGGUAUUCAACGAGCGACACGAGAAGAUCAGGACCAAGAUAGACGACGCCUUCUGGUUACUAAGGCAACGCUUUCAGCAGCUGCACUUCCUGGAGUUUGUGACAGCAAACAAGAUGCGCAGGUUUAUCAUGGCUUGCUGUGUACUCCAUAAUAUCUGUGUGCAAGCUGGGGAUGUCGAAUUGGAUUUCGAAUGCCUUGACACCGAUAGUGGCGUUCUAAGUGCAUGCGGCGAGUUGGAAACUGAAACAGAAGAAGAAGAUGAGAGAGAGCUUGGCAGUUUGAAGAGAGACAAUCUCGCUAAAAGUUUUCUAGCAUAGGGUCUCUUUCAUGCCCUCAAUUUCUCAAUUGUGCUGUGAAUAAUGAACAUCGGGUAUCUAAUGAAUAGUUAUAGUGUCGUGAUAAUGUACAAAGUCAUUGACAGAACAUUGUGAAAUAUAUAUAUGCUGGUAUAUUCAGUGAAAAUUCUUUUGAAGAGGUUUGCGGCUUUGUGCAUUCCCUGUAUUUAACACAGCUAAUAAAACUGACACAAUUAAGCCAACAAAAGCAUAAGAAAGAUUAAUUUGUGGUUUAUUAACUGUACUGUAUUUUAGCUACAACGUAGGGCACAUCCUCGUCCACUUUCUUGCAUGGUAUUUAUGAGUGCUUAAUACUCGAGAGUGAUAGCCAGCACCACUUCACAGCUCAGGUGGCGGAAAGGACCAUUUUUCUUUUGAUUAUUGAAGUGAGAUUCAUUACAUUAUAGUUAAGAAACCACAAAUAAUGUCCCCUAUACUUUUCUUGGCUUAAUUGUCUGUCGGUUAAAUUAGUUGUGUAUAUUGCAGGAAAAAAACUAGCACGUCAGACAUUUCCCCUUCUUUUGUACUGUGCAUCCUUUCACUUUCAUGCAUUUGUUGGUACUUUCAACUUUUUCAUGUGCAUUGGUGCUACCUGGAGUUCAGAAAUUCAGUGUUCCUUGUUCCCUUAUUUUGAUAUAUUUAAGUUUCAUAUACAGCCGAGUGCAGAUCUGCAGAGUUCCAGUAACAGCGGCAGAAUGAGUUGGAUUUCAUCAGUCUGCAAAAAUUACCGGCACACUCUUCGGGGAAAUCUUGCCGCGUAUAUGGCACCUUUGCAAGAAGGGCUCCCAUUCUCCCACUUGUCCAUCUACACUAACUAAAAAAUACAUCAAUUUCUUUAAU